AUGUCGGCUUGGGAUAUUAGUCAUCAUAUGAAGCCAGCAUCCGUGUCGACCAAAGAGCAAGAAAACUUGGUUGACUAUGCGCUUAAAGGGUAUGAUGUAGCCACGAUAUCUUUAAGUGCUGGUAACCCCGAAGCAAUCAAAUAUGCAAAAUUACAUAACCUUCAAUUAUAUUUGAACAUUUUGCAAUGGAAACUAGAUCAUUCACCAAGCGAAACUGUCAUGCAAUAUGUCUGCCUCAGCCUAACUGACGACUAUGUUAUAGACUUACGUAGAGAUAAAAUACAUUCAAACGUAUCAUUGUGUGAAAAAGGGAUCGAUUUUUUGCUGAAGAAAUCAAAUAGUGUUAAGGAUAUCUGGUCAAAAGUAGAAUACGUAGAUAAUAAGUUGCCACUCAUGAUAAAAGUCAAACUAGUCGAUAAGAAAAGGUUAACUCAAGGAUGUCUAAUAUACAUGGAUUUAUUACACCCCUCAUUUUCUUCACACGAGUCUCUUAAAGAGAGUGAACAAUUAAAAAUAUCUUGCAAUAAUUUGUAUAAUGCUGUUCGUGCUGUUCUUCCACCUCAUGACUGCAACUUUGUGGGAAAAUCUUGCUUUCUAACGCAAGAGCUUUUGGAGUAUAUUUCUGGGCGUAAAAAGCUAACAAUAUAUGCUUUUCUACAGGAUUGUAUUGAGGAUGAAAGUUGUUUGAAUAACACUAUAUCUUGUCUGGAUUUUAUAACCAGAUUAAAAGGUAUUACAGUUGUUAUGAUAAAGAACAAAAUUUUACUCACCAAAGAAACGUUUGAAAAUAUAAAUGCGGAUAAUGAGAAGAACCUUAUCAAUGAUUUACAAGUGAAGAAUAACAUGCUCGAAAAUUAUAUUGACAAAGUACAAACCAAUAAUAAUAAUCUAAAAGACCAACUUGCCAGACAAGAAACUGUAAUUGGGCGAUUAAGUAACGAAAUUAAUCAGCUUCAUGAGCAAAUACAGUAUCAAGGGGUAGAAGAAAAAAAGAACAAAGACUUGGAGAUUAAGCGACUUUAUAGUGAGAACGAUAAAUUACGCAUAGCAUUGUUUAAAAAGAAGCAAUUGAUAAGGGAGAUACAGAAUGCUAUAGAGGCUGUCAAAAAAACUAAAUCAAGUGAACGAUUUCAAGGUAUCGAUCCUUUAAACCACAGACUACAAUAG